AUUCUCUACCAAGCCAAAAAACCGGGUUUUAAGUGAGUGUCCAAUUAUCACUACCCUUGUAUUAAUUGCCUUUAUUAAAUAAUCAUCAUCACACAAUUAAUAGAGCCGAAAACGAAGUGGAGUAGUAUUUUAGAACCCUAAAACAAGCAGGCGCAGCGGUUGAGUUCCCCAAAAAGGCGGGUGUUAGAGUUGUCCGAUGUCGGCGAAAGAAAACGAGAUGCGCAAGCAAGGUGAUUCUGAUUGCAGUUCCGAUUCUGGGAGCGGAGCACAAGCUAUGACGCUAGCACUGAAACCGAAACACCCGCCGUCGUCGUCGUCUAAGGUAUUUAGCGACGAAGACUCAAUAACGCUGUUAAAGAGUCUAGCCGUUUUCUGGGCUAGUGGUAGAAAUAAUAAGUGGGCAGACUUCCACCGGAUCGUCAAGGACAAACUUUCCAAGCCAGAUUUUACGCGCGUUCAAAUAUCUGAGAAGGUCCGAAGUUUGAACAAAAAGUAUAAGACUAACUGGCAAAGAGGUCGCGUCCCCGACGACCCUCAUGAAUUGGUUGUGUAUGAGUUGUCCAAGCCGUUGUGGGAAGAUGAGAUGAAUCAAGAAAGUGGUAAGGGGAUGAAGAAGAAUAAAAAGAGCGGCUUGUGGGAAGAUGAGAUGAAUCAAGAAAGUGGUAAGGGGAUGAAGAAGAAUAAAAAGAGUGGCUUGUGGGAAGAUGAGAUGAAUCAAGAAAGUGGUAAGGGGAUGAAGAAGAAUAAAAAGAGGAAACGCGAGAGAAAUCCAACAUUGGAUGAAUUUAGGUCUUCCUAUCCAAAUUUAUAUGCGUCGUUCAAUAUGUUUGGAUUUCCUCCCAAAAUUGCCCGGGAGAGAUUUGUAUUGAUUGGGAGAGAGAAGGCACAAAAGCUUGAAAAUGAGUGGAAGCAACUCACUGAAGAAUUGCAUUGUUUAGAGGGUAAAAGGCUUGCCCUCUCAACGAAACCAACAGGCGACAAUUCAGAGGAAGGUUAAGUGAGGAGUAGAAGCGGAGGCUGCGAAAAAGAAGACUGAGAAGAUGAAGUUAUUUGAUUUUGCAAGUUAAUAUAUAGAACUUGGGUUAAUUGAUUUUAGUUCUUGGUGAUACUGAUUUUAUUACACUUUUUUAUGCAACUUUUUUGGUAAACUUUGAUGAACGAUUCUAUAGAGUA